GCCAACUCGCACGCACAAGUGCCGCAGCGCCGAGACAGCAUCUCGUAGCUCUCCGUGUUGAUUUGAGGCAGGGGUGAGCGUGUGCGACGACGGCACUCCGAUAUUAGCAGAACAGAUGAAAAGGGCCGCCAUGAGGGCUAGGUCACCUUGCUUCUUUUCUUCGCGAAGCCCUUUGGAAUAGCACAACUGGGUCCUGCUUGAGAAAUCCUCAGCGACGACGCACGUAAGAGAUGGACCACUUCAUCAGGAAACACUUGGCUUUCUUCAACACCUUCUGGAGCAAAUGUCUGCCCAACGGCAGCCCAAAUAGCCGCUCUCUGGAGUUCUGGGACCCGGAGCCAGGAUCCCUCCACCCCACGCUGGAACCUGACCCUUCUGAGCCCGCUUCCUCCCUCUUUGGCGUGCUGUACGACUUCACAGCCAGGAGUGCGGACGAACUGAGCGUCAACAGAGGGGACAAGCUUUGUGUCCUCAGAGAAGAGGGAGGGUAUGUCUUAGCAAGGCGGCUCUCUGGAGAUCCAGAUGUGGGCUACGUCCCGGCCAAUUAUAUCAGCAAGCUCAGCCAGGAACCUGUGGCCCAACAGCUUUGGUACAUAAGUGGGAUCAGCAGAAACAAGGCCAAUCACCUCCUCCUCUCGCCUCCGAAUCGCCAUGGCUCCUUCCUCAUCCGAGACAGUGAGAGUAACAGAGGCGAAUACUCUCUGUCAGUUCGGAACCAUACCAAAGUGCGGCACUUCAGAAUCUACAAGGACCCUGGAGGAAGUUUUUACUUAGUUAAGGGCCACACGUUCGCAAGUCUGCAACAGCUGCUGGACUACUACACAAUCAACUGGAAGGUCAUUCAGAGCCCUUUGCUUCUGCCUUGCAUUCACAAGAGGCCUCCUGAGGCAGACCAAUGGGAGCGUCCCCGUUCGGAAUUCCAGCUCUGGAGGAAGAUGGGGGAAGGAUGUUUUGGAGAGGUGUGGGAAGGAAUGUGGAAGAACACCGUGCCGGUGGCCAUCAAAAUAAUGAAACAAGCUGACAUGAGGCAUGACUUUGCCAAAGAGAUCCGGAAUCUGAAAAGCCUGAAGCACGCCAGGCUGAUCAAGCUCCUCGCCAUCUGUUCCGUGGGCGAACCGGUGUACAUCGUCACCGAGCUGAUGAGAAAGGGCAACUUGCACAGCUACCUCAACAGUGUGGCAGGGAAGGAAUUAACCACGCAUCACCUGCUCAGCAUCUCUUGCCAGGUGGCUGAUGGGAUGACAUACCUGGAAGAUCAGCACAUCAUUCACAGGGACUUGGCUGCCAGAAACAUACUAGUGGGAGAUGACCUUUCUUGCAAAAUUGCUGAUUUUGGCCUGGCCAGGCUCUUAAAGGACGAUAUUUACUCCACCACUGGCAGUGCCGUGAUCCCUGUGAAAUGGACAGCACCAGAAGCAGCCGUCUACCAAACCUACUCAGCAAAGUCAGAUGUUUGGUCAUAUGGGAUUUUUCUCUAUGAGGUUUUUACAUACGGGCAAUGCCCUUACGAAGGGAUGACCAACCAAGAAACGAUCCAGCAGAUUACUCGGGGUUACCGUCUCCCUCGCCCCAACAGCUGCCCUCCCGAAAUUUACAGCGUCAUGCUAGAAUGUUGGAAGUGCCAUCCUGAAGACAGGCCAACUUUUCUCAACUUGAAGGAGAUGCUCUUUUCUAUUUACAAAUGGACCCAUCACCCGUUCUCUUGAAGGGGGAACAUCACCUGCGGUAUUUUAAAUGGACAGUAAAUACUGCACCUUCAGCAGGGUUAGCAGAACUGAUAGAAAUAGCCAGCUCAAGCCAGCCUUGGGCUCAAAGAACUUUCAUGGAUCUGAAGUCUGGAAUAUAUGAAGGCCUGAUUCUCAGGAGUUGCUACCGUGAAACACUCCAAUACUGGCUAGGGACAAGGCGCUGUGGAUUUGCUCAUGCAUCUGCCAGCCGAUAAUAAUUCACUAAAGAUACUGUGUAGCCGAGAUGUCAUUAUGAAAAGAAGCAGACAUUUAAUGCUCUCUUCGGGCAACCAAUGGACUGAUUUAUUUGCUAUGUGCACCAGUUGACUUCCAUUAUUCAAUAAA